AUGCUCUUGACCCAGGGCCUAAUGUCCGCCAUAUUGGCAGGACUGCUCAUCUACGCCGCAACGGUGGAGAUGAUCGCUGGAGACUUCGUGUUUGGGGACGUGGUGGGACAUGGGCACCAUCGCCAGGCCCCAAUGCCAAACAAAGUGAGUGCGGGGAAGGAGAAGGAGAGGGUGCCGUUGAUCAUGAUCAUGAUGAGGUGGAAGGGCACGGAGAUGAGCAUGGACAUAAUGGACACAGGGCUUCCUCUAUGGGGAAGAAGGCUCUUGUGGUAGUGAGUCUUCUUGCGGGUGUGCUGGGUAUGGUACAUGUUGGGUUAGUCGAGUGAGUUCCGUGUAUUACCAAUGAGUUCUUACUACUAGAACUCUUAGCUUUCAGACAAUGUAUCAAUGAUCAUGCUUGCCUUGCACGCACCUCGGUACCACCAAAUCGCCUAUAUUGUG